AAGGAAUACAUCUAUCAGGCUUGAUCUUCGACGACCGCUUUUAAGAAUACUGACCUCGAUUUUGAUGAUGAACAUCUCAACAGUAGGGCUUUGAUAACCGCCCUUUUGAUAACCACCCUCUUGUCUCGCUUGAGUCUUAGUCGCUCGAGAAUAAGUCUUGCGGAACUGUCUCCUGUACAUGAGGCUCUUUCUGUCCAUAUCGCAUGUUACCAACAAUCCCUUUUUGGAAGGCUCAGGGGAUCCAUCCUGCAGAUUGUAGUGUGACAAAACUAUUGCAUCUGACGUCACUCCUGCGAGAGCGUAUUUGACAUAAUCGAACUCACCUUCUCUCGCAAGCGCACUCAUGCAUUCCAAGCUUCCCCCAGAGCUCGAAUGCUACAUCUUCGAAAUCUUCUCUGCUGCUGAGCCCCAAUCCACACUAAUCCUCCUACGUGUUGCCCGGCGCGUCAAAUACUGGUCAGUAUGAGCCAUCCAACCAGUCUCGGUCGCUUGAUAAGCUGGGUAGGCUCGAGCCGUUGCUCUACCGCACGAUCCUGCGAUCUCCAGAAACCACCAGCAAAUUCACCGACCGCGUCCUGUCCGAUCUGCUCGUGUCGAAGCCGCAACACUGCCGCGAUGCCGUGCGGAACGUGAUGUUCUACCACAUGUCGGAUGCAGCGACGCUGGGCAUCGUGCAGCGCUGCCGCAGCAUGCAGAAUGCGUGGAUGCACGGCCCGAUCGGUUCGAAAGGCGUGUUUGCGGGUCUAGCCGCGCUGCCCCGUCUCGAGCGGCUGCACUGCGACGCCUCGUUCUUGGGCCACCUCGCCGACGCGCUGCCGCACGCGUUUGCGCGGCUGUCGCGCCUGGAGCUCUUUGACAGUGCGCCGGCGCUCAAGCACGUGGAGAUCCUCGCCACUGCGCUCCCAGCGCUCACGCACCUGGCGCUGAACGACCUCGGGGCGCAGGACCUCGAAGUGUGUCUGCAGAUCCUCGAUCGAUGUUCCGAACUGCGUGUCCUUGCGAUCCUGGAGACGCCGGAGAUGCUCGGACUUGAUAUGGAUAGCGACGAGAAUCUGCAGGACACGGAACGUGAUUUGUUCGAGUCCACUCUCCGGCUGGUGCGGAUAUCUUUGGAGCGGUAUACAGAGGAUUGGACGUCUGGCGUGUUGACCGGCAGGGAUUUCUGGCAACGCGCGGAAGAAUUGGUGGCGAGACGAGGUAUUUACGUCAGCGAAGCUCGUACAUUUCGAGUUGCUUCACAUUAGCUGGGGCUCCGCUUUCAUUCAUUUUGCGGAUAGAGCUCGAUCCUCGAUUUGUGCAAAGUAGCGUCCGCAGCGUUUCAUGUACCAUCUCGAACUUAACUUCAGGUCAUCGGUCAUGGGAGCGCAGGAAGUGAAAGUGUCUAUGGCAGGUCACUGGUCACCAGCGGCCCUGAAGUUAAGCCCAAACGAGGAUAGUUCUACACCACGAGAUUUUUAUCGACUA